AUGGCUGUCGGCAAUAUUGAACGUGUGCUAAUAGAGCUGCGACCGCGGCUGCAAAGUGCCAAUUUUUUUAUCUGCUUUAGUCGUCGUUUUGCUGAAAUCAAAUCAACCAAAAUAGAUCUUAGUUCCGAUCGUAUUAUAAUCGUCACGGAAAACAAUGCGGAGAGUUACGAGAUUCGGCUAGACGAUUAUUUCAAAUUGCAUACCCAAACACUAAGUUCAUUAUUGAUUAAAAAUAACUACAUUUGUUUUCGCUUAAACACUAAUGAAAACAAGUUUCACUCGGAAGUGCUGGAAAUUAACGAAUACAAUGGGUGCACUGAUAUGAAGUUGGAAUGCAACUUAGAACAAGGUAGCAGCUACAAUAUCCUCUGUAGCAACUGUGGAAGUUUUUUGCGAGAGGAAGCUGUAAGUUUUAAAAGAGUGCUUGAACUUCCGUCAGAUCAUAUGGACAGCAAUGAUUGGUAUUGUCACCAGCAUCCUCACACUAGAGUAGAUGACCUUGUUCAUACGAAUGGUGAAUGUUCCUCGGCAAAGAUGCCUCAUCCAAAUCACUUCAAUCCUUCCGAAGAUGACGUAUUUUUCGGACCGUUUUACGUUCUUCUCGACAAAAAACAUUUUCAGCGUAUUCAUCUAAAAGCGGAACGUUUUCUGUACUGUAAACGUUGUUUGCAAUAUCUAGGAAUAAUGAAACGUAGCGGCUGCGUGAAGCUGUGGCACGAAAACCUUCAAUUUCAAACACAAGCAAAUGUUUCAGACGAAACCAAACCAACAAGAAUGUGCUUGUUUCGUAAUGAUCAACCAUUGGAAAACUUCCAGUAUCUGGUUCGCAAAACUGUGAAUGAUUUUAACUUCAUCUCCCACCUCGGACUGCCCCCUAUUUUUAAGAUUUUAUUUGAAAUGCGCAGACCUGGUUUGAAUGGGGAGGUGUUCUAUUUGUUGAUGCAGAUCAUGGAUGCAAAUUUAAAUAUAUUUAAAAUUCGUAAAAGCACGGAUCUCGAUACGGAUAAGCAUCUCGAAUAUGGUGAUGAAGCGCAGGACAGAGACAGCGACGACGAAGAUAACGACAUCACAGUCAUAAAAAAGAAUCAUCGCGAUAUCAAUCUAGUUAGACAUAGGACAAUGAAGCUAAUGUACAGGUAUGAAAAAUAUGAUCAGCAGCCUAUUGUAAAUUUUUGGCUGCAGGAUAGCAAUGUCGUGUGUGUUGAGAUUUCGGAGCAAAUGUUUCGGGUAGCUGUUAAGUAUUUGGAUAGUAACUCAGAUUACGUGCCGGAGUGCUACAGACAUAAUCUGGGAUUCUCUCUGAGCUAUUUAGAUAUUACAUAACCAUUUCAUGUAAUUACUGCAGCAAUUCAUGUAUUUUUUCUAAGAU